GCACUUCGGCCGGGCAGCAGUGUGUGUUGUUCCAAACAAAGUAGGACCUGACCCGCGGAGGCCGAAUGACACCUAGAAACUGAGGAGUUUUUUUCAAUUGUUGUCUUGUAUUUGAACCAUUAAACUAACUUGCUCAAAGUUAUCCGAAAUGGGUCCCGGAUAAAGGAGAGAAACUUCCAGAAACACCGUGGACUACGCGGCCGUGAAGGAGCUUAGCCGCCGGGAGAAGCAGGAGAAGGAGCCGCUCGGCCAUUGUGUGCACGGAUCGAAAUUCAGUUCCCCUUCCCCUCCUAGCCUUCCUGAUUCUGUUCUGGGAGAUUUCAGACCAGUAUCAUCGCCAAGAUAGCUGGGCCAGGUAGGAAGAGGCACACCUCAGAUCCAGACCCCAGCAGCGGUAGUGAUUCCGGGGACGGGCGGCCUGUUAGUGCCAAGUGCCUGAAGAUGGCCAGCAGCGGUGGCAGCGGCGUGGCUGGUAGUGAGACGGCAGGCCGUCGCGGUGGGGCUCAGCAUCAGCAGAGGGGAGGCGGCGGUAGGGACAACAGCUCAGAGCUGACCUCCAGUACUAGCAAGAAGAAGCAGAAGGACAGGGCUAACCAGGAGAGCAGAGAGGCCAAGAGGGCGGCAGCAGCAGCUGCAGCAGCAGCUGAUGGAGUUAUUGCAGAGGUGAAGAAAGAUGUGUUUGUGGACUGGAAGCAGAAUGCCAACGAGGUGAUUGUCAAACUGCGCUGUGGGGAGGGGGUGCAGAGGAUAGAGGAUAUCAACACAACCUUCACCGACACGCACUGCAACGUGUGCUUCCCAGAUGGACGGCAGUGGAGCUGCCAACUGCAGGAGGAGAUCGAGGCCUCGUGCAGCAGAGUCCAGUACAAGGAGAAGGGAGGUUUCCUGCUGCUCGUUAUGCACAAGAGGAUUCCCUUUCACACCUGGCCUUGUUUAAAGUCAAACAAGAAGGAGAAGGAGGCACCACCCACAGAGACCAAAAACAUAAAGGAACAGGAGACGAAGCCUUUUGCCUCGCAGUCAUCAGAGAAACCCAAACCCAAACCCACCCCCCCACAGCCACAACCCCAGCCUCAGCCUCCCUCCUCACCCGCUCAUGGCGAGCCAAGGCGUGGCGGCAAAGCCGAGCGCGGCGUCAAGCGCUGCCUCAAAAACAAAGCGGGCGACAAGGCCUCCGCAGGGGUGAAAAGCGGAGGCGGGGACGACUCCACUGCCACCAGCAAGCCCGCCGCCGUCAGCAAAGCCGACCAGCAGGCUCAGGAACCCAGCGCCAAGCGAGCCAUUUCACGGCUGCCCAAGACCACCGCGGCGGAGGCGGCAAAGUCACCGUCCCCCGACAGGCACACGCACGCAGUCAAGUCUACAGCAGCUAACGGUAGAGAUUCACACACACACCCGCCCGCUGGUCGGAGCCCACAGACACAACGCAGAGAUGGAGACAACAAAGCAGAGAGGCUAGGCAGCGAGCAGGAGCAGAAACCUGCUGCUGCUGCUGCUGCUGCUGCUGCUGCUGCUGAUGAUGAUGUUGAUGACAGCCAUAGCAACAAAACUCAGGAGCCAGAGAAGCAGAAGCAGUCUCCAGUCACUGAGCACAGGUCUGAAACAACCACAAGCAGCACCGAAAGCCAACCAGCAGCUCCCGUCAGCGCCAGCGACCGCCUCAAACCCGUCACCUUCGACAAACAAGCCGACUCAGCUUCUCCGGAGAGGCAGCGAGAUAGAACUGACUCAGAGACGGAGAAAAAGCCAGCGGAGCAGGAAUCGGAGCGGGACGCCGUCACCUGCACCCAGCAGUCGGGAUCGAGAGAGGCGGAUCCAGCACCGGCCGUCACAGCCGCCGAACCCGGUGUAACCCGGAAGCAGGGCAGCAGUGACGGAGAGGAGAAGCGGGACCAGUCGAAAGAGGAGCCACCUCUGGAAAUGAAGCAACAGGAAGCCCCGGAGCCGAUGGUCAACCUGCAGUUAGUGAAGAACGACUCGUACGAGAAGGGCACGGACCUCAUGGUGGUCAACGUUUACAUGAAGGGGAUCUGCAGGGACACGGCCCGGGUCAUCUUCAGGGAGCAGGACUUCACCCUCAUCUUCCAGACAAGUGAUACCAACUUUCUACGGCUUCAUUCAGACUGUGGACCAAACACAGUCUUCAAGUGGCAAGUCAAACUCAGGAACCUGAUCCAGCCUGAACAGUGCAGCUACUCCUUCACCCCGUCCCGACUGGACAUCACCCUGAAGAAGAGACACAGCCAGCGCUGGGGGGGUCUGGAGGCCCCUGCCACACAAGGUGCAGUGGGUGGCGCCAAAGUCGCGGUGCCCUCCAGCCCCGCCUGCAUGGAGAAAAGCCAACCAGGCAGCAGCCAGCACAGCUUGCCGGCCAAGGACGAGCCCCCGAGGGUGGGAGAGGAGAAACCCAAGGCUCCCAAAGCCUCGCCCAGAGUGGAGGACGGGGGCCUGGACACCGUGGGCCCUCGCACCGUCUCCGAGCAUGUCGCCAUCACCAAGUCGGAGCCCGCUGUUACUGCGCCUAAGCCUACCUGCAUGGUGCAGCCCAUGACCCACGCACCUCCUGCCAGCAACGAGCGUCAUGAAGAAGAGGAGGAGAAGAAGGUCUGUCUGCCUGGUUUUACAGGAUUGGUCAACCUGGGUAACACCUGCUUCAUGAACAGUGUCAUCCAGUCCCUGUCCAACACCAGAGAACUCAGGGAUUACUUCCACGAUCGAGCAUUUGAGGCAGAAAUCAACUGCAAUAAUCCUCUGGGAACAGGAGGCAGGCUCGCUAUCGGCUUCGCUGUGCUGCUCAGGGCGCUUUGGAAAGGAACGCAUCACGCCUUCCAACCCUCAAAACUCAAGGCAAUUGUGGCCAGUAAAGCCAGUCAGUUUACAGGUUACGCCCAGCACGACGCCCAGGAGUUCAUGGCUUUCUUGCUGGACGGGCUCCAUGAGGACUUGAACCGCAUCCAGAAUAAACCGUACACCGAGACCGUGGACUCUGACGGUCGGCUGGAUGAAGUGGUGGCGGAGGAAGCAUGGCAGAGGCACAAGAUGAGAAACGACUCCUUUAUAGUAGACCUCUUCCAAGGCCAGUUCAAAUCCAAGCUGGUCUGCCCCACAUGCUCCAAGGUGUCCAUCACCUUUGACCCCUUCCUCUACCUGCCCGUCCCCCUGCCCCAGAAACAAAAAGUGCUGUCAGUUUUCUACUUUGCGAAGGAACCUCAUAAGAAACCCAUCAAGUUUUUGGUGAGUGUGAGCAAGGAGAACUCUAGCACUGCUGAAGUCCUUGAAGCCAUCUCCAGGAGUGUGAGGGUCAAACCAGAGAACCUCAGACUAACAGAGGUGGGGAAGAACCGCUUCGAGCGCAUGUUCCUGCCGUCCCAUUCCCUGGACAGAGUGUCCUCCUCUGACAUGCUGUUCUGUUUCGAGGUGCUUUCCAAAGACCUGGCCAAGGAGAGAGUGGUGCUGCUCCGAGUGCAGCAGAGACUCCAGGUCCCCAUCAUCCCCAUUUCAAAGUGUGCCGCCUGCCUAAAGCCUCCGGUGUCCGAGGAGGACAAGCUGAAGCGGUGCACCCGGUGCUAUCGUGUCGGCUACUGUAAUCAAGCGUGUCAGAGGACACACUGGCCCAAUCACAAGGGUCUGUGUCGACCCAACACAGAGAACGUGGGCCUGCCCUUCCUGGUCAGCGUGCCAGAAUCCCGACUGUCCUACGCCCGCCUCACCCAGCUACUAGAGGGUUUCUCCAGGUUUUCCGUCAACGUGUUCCAGCCUCCGUUCCAGUCAGGCAGGACAUCCCCCGAAACAUCCCAGUGCCGGGGAGACCUGCCCCCGAUGGCAGCAGGCUCUCCCGAGGGUCCCGGCUCAGGGGACGAGGCCACAGGCGGAAGCGGCACCGUGGCAGUCGACUCUGAUCUGGAGAGUCACUCCGCGCCGCCCGAAUCCCAGGCAGAGUGCGCCCAAGCCUCAGCGCUCCACUCCGGGGAGUCAGAAGCCCUCUCCUCCUCCUCCCAGACCUCCCUCUCCACCACGCGGACCACCGACUCAGGAUUCUCCGAGCCGACCUCCUCUGCCUCCUCCUCUCUGGACCCCCACGCCGAAAAAGAGACGUCCUGUGAGAAGGCGGUGCGACCAGAAGCUGCUGUAGCCGGGUACCAGCAUCCAAGUGAAGCGGCAUCAGGUCACGCCAGUCAGUUCUACAUCACUCUGCUGGAUUCUAACAACAAGGAACAAAGGCUAGAUGAGAAAGAGGACCCGCUGGCGGACCUCCCCGAAGACGCCAUCCUGGAGCUGGUGUGGAAGAACAACGAGCGUCUGAAGGAGUACGUCCUGGUGAGCUCCAAGGAGCUGGAGUACGAGGAAGACCCCGGCUCACUGAGCGAGACGGCCAGAGCAGGACACUUCACCCUGGAGCAGUGCCUCAACCUGUUCACAAAGCCGGAGGUGCUGGCUCCAGAAGAGGCGUGGUACUGUCCAAAGUGCCAGCAACACCGCGAGGCCUCUAAGCAGCUGCUGCUGUGGCGACUUCCCAACGUUCUGAUCAUCCAGCUGAAACGCUUCUCCUUCAGGAGCUUCAUCUGGAGGGACAAGAUCAACGACAUGGUCGACUUCCCCGUCAGGAAUCUGGAUCUGAGUAAGUUCUGUAUUGGCCAGAAGGACGAGAUGCAGCACCCCCCCAUCUAUGACUUGUAUGCAGUCAUCAACCACUAUGGAGGAAUGAUAGGAGGCCACUACACGGCUUACGCUCGCCUACCCAGUGAUAAGAACAGCCAGCGCAGUGAUGUUGGCUGGCGUCUCUUCGACGACAGCACCGUGACGAUGGUGGAGGAGAGCCAGGUGGUGACCCGCUACGCCUACGUCCUGUUCUACCGACGGCGAAACUCCCCCGUGGAGAGGCCGCCGCGCUUCCUCAGGCCCGUCGGAGCCGAGUCGCCCACCACCGCGGGAGCCACUGCCAGCCAGGCCUCUCUAAUAUGGCGGGAACUGGAGGAAGAAGAGGAAGGCUUCGACGAAGGCGCCCGCGGACUGUUCCGCUCUGGGCUGCAGCGGAGGCGCCAAACGCAGAGGAACAGAGAGGAAGACCAAGACAGAGCGGAAGGGCCGGCGCGACGACGCAACCGCUGGCGGAGGAUGUCAGAUUAUCCCGAUGACGACUGCGUGCGAUAUUUUAUUCUGGGCACCCUGGCGGCCGCGUUCGCCCUCAUUGUCAAUUUGGUUUAUCCUCUUAUUUACAAAUCUAACUGGACAUGAGCAGCGGCUGCUUGGCCACUUGUUGGGUGAUAAACAAAGAGGUCAGAUAUGAAACUAGAGAAAAGGCAGGUCAGGUUUAGAUUGGUAUGGUAACACGCUCAGCUUUAAGAGAGUCAUCCAUCAAUUUUCAGUUAGUAAAACAACACUACAACACUUAAACUUGACAACUUGAUCCUUUUUUAAAAAUACUUUGGACACUAUUUCAUAUGUUACACACACUGAGAGUCCAAAGUGAAUCCUCUGAAU